AUGGUAGAUGCAAACGAAUGGUUAAAUGAAAAAAUUCUUGAAGACCAAAGAGCGCAAGUGACAACUCUUCAUUUUUACAGACAAUGCCAAAGCGGUCAUAACCGUCUAGCCGAUUCCUACCGUUGUAAUUAUUGCUACCAAAAUUACCAAACCAGCAAUCCUGACCAUUCAACUUACAAGUUCUAUAAAACUAUUUUGAAAGGAGAGUUAAAUCUUAAUAGCUAUAUUAAUUUGCAAGAUUUAUAUAUCCAAGGUGGAUCGGAUGAAGGGGGACAGCAAAGGUUAACUAAUUUGAAGAUUGAUAAAUGUAAUAAGCUAACUACUUUAACAAUUACUUAUACCACACUUGAUAAUUUAAAUAUUAAAGAGAACUCUGCUCUUCAAGAAGUUAAUUUGACCUAUAAUCAAUUUGGUUAUUUAAGUUUACGUAGUAAAACAAAUUAUAAAGAACUUAAUUUAAGCCAUAACAAAAGAAUCUUGAUCGAUUUAGAUGAUAAUGUAUUAAAAGGUCAAGUAGAAAGAUUGAUUAGCACGAUUCGAAAUGUUGGGAGCACUAGUAUUGAUGAUUUAAAAUUAGAAGCUAAAAAAAUUGAAGAGGAAAGUUUUAAGUACCAAUUAGCCGUUAUUAAAGAUAAAUUGGAGUACCAAUUAUCUUAUGCUAAAGAUAAAUUGAACGAAGAGAAUCAAUCAUUAUUAGAAAUUUUACUAGAAUCUCAGCAAGAAGUUUUACAAGGUGGCAAUACUUUUGCUCGAAACCUAUUAGAAAAAGUUAAAAAACCAUUAUCCAAUGUGCUAAGAGCUGAAGAAAUUCAAGACUUUUUAGGAAAAAAGGUAGAAAUAAAUGAAUUGGAAAUUCAAAUAAAGAAUCUCAAAAUUCAAGAACAAGAAACUUCCAAAUAG